AUGUGGCGAUCAACAAGUGAGCGCAGGUCCGCGAUAUGUCCGCAGAGCAAUGGACUUUUAGUUAUUCCGUGAUCUUUUACCAAUAUUGUGUGCAGCGACGGCUGAUCGACGUCAAGAGAAGAAGAAGAACUGGCAGAAUCAGAGAAAAUAAACAAUACUAUAUAUACGUAUAUAUAUGCACAUAGCUGAACACGUGUGUGUGUGUGGCUCAAGACCGGAAGUUGAAUUAAACGGAAGUUAACUAAUAGCAACUGAAGAACAUUUUAAGGAUCGCUUGUUCGCAAAUUAUUCGCGUGUGCUAGCCAACAGAACUACCAUAUUAUUUCAGUCGAAAAAAUCGAAAAAGCGUGCCUGCCAAUUUGACUUAACUUGGCUGAGACUGCACUUUGUUGUUUUCGUUUUUUGGCCAGACGUCAAAUUCGAUUUUUAUGACUUUUGAAAGCGUGACUAAGACGUGAUUUAUGAUGGCGUGUGGUUUUUAAUAUUCAUGUGGACGCGCUCCGAACCUCUCAACCUGCGUAGGUGCGCCAAACAAUAAAAAAUACAAAAAAUCACCACGGCAACCAGCAACAUCGCAGCCCCGAGGCUUUAUCCCGAUAUCCAGCUGAGUGUGUGCGUGGAUUCGACUUUUUUAUGGAGGCAGUUAAGCAUUUGAGUGCCGCUGCUGCUGCUGCUGCAGCUGCAACUUGCAGCGAUUUGCCGGCCAAGGCAGCAGCCGCGCCGGCAGCAACGAGCGAUAUUGGCAACGAGGCGCUGGGCGAUCUCAAGGCAGGCGCAACAGCAGCAGCUGCAGCCAGCAACGCAGCAACAUCGAGGCACCACAAGCCAAGUGCCGCAGCAACACCCACAGCGGCGCACAAGAAAAGCGAGAGUUGCAACGGCAACGGCAACGCCAACGGCAACAAGUGCACCGCUGCAACAUCGCCGAUCGGCAGUAAGACCAGCAACGCAGCCAUGGCAGCUGCCACAGCAACGGCGGCCGCAGCAACCAACGAUCUUGCAGCGGCUGCUGCGGUCGUUCUUUCGCUGCAAGGCACCAUGGUCAGCAGCUUGCAGCAGGCCGCCCUGCUGCCGGCCAAUUCGGCAGCAGCAGCAGCCCUCAAUCUCCAGGCCCUGGAAUCCUACUUGGCGCUGCAGCGGCUCACCGGGAAAUCGGAUGUGUUCCGCUUUUCCAACAGCAACACCAGCAGCAGCAACAGCAACAGCAACGGCAACAGCAACAACGCCACCACCUGCAACAGCAGCAGCAGUGAAGCGGAGAGCAAUGCCUUGCCCUCCUCGCUAAUCGAUAUAGCCAAUAUAGAGCUCAAGUCGAGCUGCUCCUCGAGCUCCUCGGGGGAGCCCCCCUUGACUGCAGCCACAGCAUCAGCUGCUGCCACAUCCUCGCCCAGCAGCAACAGCAGCAACUCCACCAGCACACCAGCCACAUCCAAGUGCCUGCCUCUGCCCUCCAUUGGCACCGUUAGUGCUGCUGCCGCAGUGGCGGCUGCUGCGGCUGCUGCAGCAGCUGCUGCAAACCAACAGGCGGCACUGGACUGCGCAACGGCCGCAGAACUGGCAGCAGAAUGCGAUCUACCCUUGCUCGAUGGCGAGGAUGCGCUCUCCUUCGAGGCGGGAGACCUGGACAGCAGCUAUGGCAGCUUCAUGUUCAAUCCCUCGGCCUUCAGCCAGGCGGAAACGGACUCGGCUCUGCACUCGCUGCAGGCCACCAUGUACCAGGACAAGAUGAGUGUCAUCACAGGGGCGGCAGGCGGAGUAGCGGCAGGUGCGGUGGGCGGGCUGGAGGAGGCGGGCAGCUCGGCGGCGGCAGCGGCUGCCCAGCGUUCCAAGAAGCAGUUCAUCUGCAAGUUCUGCAACCGGCAGUUCACCAAGUCCUACAAUCUGCUCAUCCACGAGAGAACCCACACGGACGAGAGGCCCUACUCCUGCGACAUCUGCGGCAAGGCCUUCCGGCGCCAGGAUCAUCUGAGGGACCACAGAUAUAUCCACUCCAAGGAGAAGCCCUUCAAGUGCGCAGAGUGCGGCAAGGGAUUCUGUCAGUCCCGCACGCUGGCCGUCCACAAGAUCCUGCACAUGGAGGAGUCGCCGCACAAGUGCCCCGUGUGCAACCGCUCCUUCAACCAGCGUUCCAAUCUGAAGACCCACCUGCUCACCCACACCGACAUCAAGCCGUACAACUGCGCCUCCUGCGGGAAAGUCUUCCGGCGCAACUGCGACUUGCGACGUCACAGCCUGACGCACAACUUGGCCGCCGGAGUGGGCGGUGUGGUGGGCGGCAACCUAAGUGAUCUGUUUGGCUCCGGCUCCAGCUCCAGCUCGGAACUGGGCUUACCCACGGGCUCCGCCAGUAGCGCCGCAUCCGCCAGAGAUUUGGUGGCCGUCAGCGAUUGAUCUUCCUCAAAUGAUUCCUCACUCUUUGAUACCCACUCAAUAAAAUGAAAUCUCAAUUGCAGCUCUCAUGAGUACGAAUCCCUCCAUUUCGUAAUCGUAAUCUUAGCACGACUACACAGCAUUUAGUUUAGUGUAAGUUUAGCCCUAGCUACUUUGGUUUAAGCCUUGGAUAUUUGUGACGUAAGCCUAGCAGGAAAGUUUGACUUUGCGUAGAUUAACUAUAGAUAUUAAGUUAAUUGUGGACUCCUAAUGUACGAUCGAAUAAAAGACAAUAGCUUAAAGGAAA